AAACAAAUGUUGGUAAGAGAAAAUUGUAUAAUCUGACCCAAGCGCUAAGUGCAUGUCUCACUCGUAACGGAGGGAAUCCACGUAUUGAGAAACAAUGUCAAUGGGCCGCCCGCUACAAGAGUUGCUUGUACUAGGCCUCGUUUUUGCAGAAUCUUUGGCUGCGCCUGUGAGCCAGCAGUGCACGAGUAACGCCGACUGCUCGGACCCAAACUCCUCCUGCCGACCCCACCGAUGUGACUGGAAGAUAUGCCAGUGUAAUGUACACUAUGUCAUCAACCGCCAAACAGACAUGUGUGAGAAAGCCAGUGUUAUUGGUGACCCGUGUAACAAAACGAAGGACUGUUUGCCCAGGCAUUCCAUCUGCUCUGCCAACCACACCUGUGAGUGCGAGAUCAAUUUUCUCUCCACUACAGACUUGUUUUGGUGUGUAAGUACCGCCCAAGUUGCACUCGGUGACCUUUGCAACAAAUCCAAUAAUUGCGGCAUCGGAGCGGAGUGCAAGUCUGGAACGUGUAGCUGUAAGCUAUGGCAUGGAGCGUGGACAGAGGAUGAAAAGUGGGCGGGGUUACCGCAGUCCAAGUACACACAAUGCCAGAACAAGAACUAUACUCUCAGCGAAUGUAACGGAGUAAUAUUUGUGCCUCCCAUUGGGUAAAAUCACCAUACUGUGCCAUUGUGUGCCUUCGUUUCCCACAUUUUUUUUGGUAAAUUUUACAAAUUCUGGUCAUGAAUUUUAUGAAUACAAUACAACCGUUAAAUGAAAAUCUCGGUUGAAAUACAACUUUCUUAUUGGCGUUAUCAAGCUUUAUUUGACUCCACGGGGCACCGUAAGAAAGGCUUAUCACGUGGUCACAUUCUGAGUAAAAUAGCAGGCAACGGACAAGAGCAUUUAAAUACUCUCCGGGAGUGCUGUCAAUCAUUAUGAAAGUAACCAUUCAGGCAAGAAUAAUUCUACCAAAGAUGGUCGUAA